GUCUUGGUGGACCUGGAACCUGGAACCAUGGACAGCAUCCGAUCCAGCCGACUGGGGGCCCUCUUCCAACCGGACAGCUUUGUCCACGGUAACUCUGGGGCCGGCAACAACUGGGCCAAGGGCCACUACACGGAGGGGGCCGAGCUGGUGGAGAGCGCGCUGGACGCGGUGCGCGCCGAGGCCGAGGGCUGCGACUGCCUGCAGGGCUUCCAGCUCGUGCACUCGCUGGGCGGGGGCACGGGCUCGGGGAUGGGCACGCUGCUCCUGGGCAAGAUCCGCGAGGAGUACCCCGACCGCAUCCUCAACUCCUUCAGCGUGAUGCCCUCGCCCAAGGUGUCGGACACGGUGGUGGAGCCCUACAACGCCGUGCUGUCCCUCCACCAGCUCCUGCAGAACUCGGACGCCUGCUUCUGCAUCGACAACGAGGCCCUCUAUGACAUCUGCUUCCGCACCCUCCGGCUGGCCACGCCCACCUACGGCGACCUCAACCACCUGGUGUCCCUGACCAUGAGCGGCGUCACCACGUCGCUGCGCUUCCCGGGCCAGCUCAACGCCGACCUGCGCAAGCUGGCCGUGAACAUGGUGCCCUUCCCGCGCCUGCACUUCUUCAUGCCCGGCUUCGCGCCGCUCACGGCCCAGGGCAGCCAGCAGUACCGCGCGCUCUCAGUGGCCGAGCUCACCCAGCAGAUGUUCGACGCCCGCAACACCAUGGCCGCCUGCGACCCCCGCCGCGGCCGCUACCUGACCGUGGCCUGCAUCUUCCGGGGGAGGAUGUCCACCAAGGAGGUGGACGCGCAGCUGCUCGCCGUGCAGACCAGAAGCAGCAGCUGCUUCGUGGAGUGGAUCCCCAACAACGUCAAGGUGGCCGUGUGCGACAUCCCGCCCCGCGGGCUGAGCAUGGCGGCCACCUUCAUCGGCAACAGCACGGCCAUCCAGGAGCUCUUCGGCAGGAUCUCCGAGCACUUCUCGGCCAUGUUCAAGAGGAAGGCCUUCGUGCACUGGUACACGGGCGAGGGGAUGGACAUCAAUGAAUUUGCCGAAGCCGAGAGUAACAUCCAGGAUUUGGUGUCCGAGUACCAACAGCUUCAAGAUGCCGAAGCAGUUCCGGAGGGGAAGGAGGAGGUCAGGGGGGAGGCAGAAACGGAACCAGGAGAUAAGGGGCAUUAACCACGAGAGAAGCUGUGCGGGGCCGGCCGUGGCGUGGAGUCACGUCCAGUGUUCUCACCUAGGAGGAGUGAGUCCCCGCGGCCGUCCCCGGCCGGUUCCGCACCGCAGCACCGCGAGCCACACGCAGCCACCCAGUAUUAGCUUUGACACAGGACUGCGCGGGUGGGGCAGUACUGAUGGGCAGUAGGGUCUUCUGCUGGCACCGACUAACCUUGAAGAGCUUCAUAUUCCCUGCCCACUCUAGUCGCUUCUCUUUAAUAGCCAGGUGAAUUCAUGGUAAAGCGCUCCCUCUGUUUAAAG